GGAGCGGAGCGGAGCGGCCCCGCGCUCCGGAACGGGCGGUGCUGCCUUGCCCAGCCGUUUCCUGCCCGGGACGCGGCGGAGCGGAGCCGAGCGGAGCGGAGCCGAGCGGAGCCAUGACUCACCAGACCGGCAUCCACGCCACCACAGAAUUAAGGGACUUUUUUGCCAAAGCCCGAAACGGUUCAGUUCGGCUCAUCAAGGUCAUCAUUGAGGAUGAACAGCUUGUGCUGGGAGCCCACAAAGAGCUGUCCCGGCGCUGGGACGCUGACUACGAUCCCUUCGUGCUGCCCCUGCUGGACGAGCAGCAGCCCUGCUAUGUGCUGUACCGCCUGGACAGCCAGAACGCCCAGGGAUACGAGUGGCUCUUCAUCUCCUGGUCCCCCGACAGCUCCCCGGUCCGGCUGAAGAUGCUCUACGCUGCCACCAGAGCCACGGUGAAGAAGGAGUUUGGAGGGGGGCACAUAAAGGACGAGAUGUUUGGCACAGUGAAGGAGGACGUGUCCCUGAGUGGUUACCAAAAGCACGUGUCCUCCAGCUCUGCCCCGGCCCCGCUGACGGCAGCCGAGCAGGAGCUGCAGCAGAUCCGCAUCAACGAGGAUUCCUGUUCCCAAGACUCGAGCACCGAGAUGGUGAAGACAGAGAUCAGUGUGGAGAGCAAGCACCAAACACUGCAGGGCCUGGCCUUCCCCCUGCAGCUGGAUGCCCAGCAAGCCAUCCAGGCACUCAAGCAGAAGAAAAUCAACUACAUCCAGCUGAAGCUGGAUCUGGAGCGGGAGACCAUCGACCUGGUGCACACGAGCCCCACAGAGAUCGCUGACCUGCCCAAGAGGAUCCCCCAGGACUCAGCUCGCUACCAUUUCUUCCUAUACAAGCAUUCACAUGAGGGAGACUACCUGGAGUCUGUCGUGUUUAUCUACUCCAUGCCCGGGUACAAGUGCAGCAUCAAGGAGCGCAUGCUCUACUCCAGCUGCAAGAGCCGGUUGCUGGACACCGUGGAGCAGGAAUUUUGCCUGGAGAUAGCCAAGAAGAUCGAGAUCGACGACGGAGCGGAGCUGACGGCGGAGUUCCUGUACGAGGAGGUGCACCCCAAGCAGCACGCCUUCAAGCAGGCCUUCGCCAAGCCCAAGGGGCCCGUGGGCAAGCGGGGACAGAAGCGGCUGAUCAAGGGGCCAGGCGAGAACGGCGAGGACAGUUAGAUCCCGCAGGGCCGGGCGCUGAACGGACAGCAUCCCCGCGGCGCUGCCCGCCUUCCUCUGCGCUGACCUGGGGAGCUUUCCCUCCAUCUCAGCCUUUCUUUUUUUUUUUUUUUUUCUCUUUCCCCUCCCUUUUUUUUUUUUUUCUCCUGUUUCAUUCCUUUUUUAAAGAUCAGGAUGGCUUGUUGCACCUGGGGGCAGAGCGAUGGGGCGGGUUCAGGGCUGUCGGUGUUUCCUUUCCCCGCGUCCUUGUGCGAGCCCCAGGGCUGCCGGGGGAGGAUGGGAGCAGCAGGGCCACGUCCCCAGCCUUGCUCCUGUCCCCUCUGGAGUCACAGCUGCUGCUCUCUGUGUCCCCUGGGGGACUGAAGGGCACGCUCACCUGAAAGCUGCUCUAUGCAAAGGGGAGGGGGUGGCGUUGGGGAUUCCUGUUUGAAGAGAGAAAAGGCUUCUUUCCCUGCUCCCCCAGCCCCCAGACUUUGCUCUCCUGUCCUGUUCUUCGUGUGCACAGCCCCCCUGUCCCAGGCCUGGAGUGAUCCUGCACCUCCUCGGGGUGUGGGCAGGACCCCUUCCUGUAGGGUGGGCUUUGCUUCCUGUGGGGUGGGAGUUUCUCCCUGCAGAGAGUCAGGCAGCGGGAGGUGGAGGUUCCCCACUGAGUCCCGAGCUCAGCCUGGACCUGGAGAAAGGUCACUCUGCCUUUGGGUGAUGUUUGUAUCUCCUUUUUGAACCACCCCAGUAAGGCUUAUCCCCUCAGAAGGAUCUGUUACAGCCCUGACUCAGCCCCAUCUCUGUUUAGGAUGGGAGCUGAGGGGCUCCUGAGCCCUGGUCCCCCCAUUCCCUGUUCCCCAGUCCCCACCGUUACCCCCCAGGUUUUCAGCUGGCUCUGGGCUGGGGCAGCCCUGUGUCUUAAUAAUCACAUGGGCUACCCCAAAUCCUUGUGUGGGGAAGCAUGACAGCCCCUGUGUGCCCCCUGCGGACGUCCCCAGCCACCAAGGGCUCCACGGGCCGAGCUUGGCACUGUGAUUUGGGCUGCACUGGGGGUCUGGGGGGAGAGCACCUUGCUGCUGGGUUCCAGUGAGGGCUUGAGAGCCGCCUUCCUCCGUGGGAGGAUGGAAAGGGGGUCGGUGAAACCUGCCCUCUGCUUUCCAGCUGUGGCGGUGAACGUGCCGAUGUUGCCUUGACCUCGGUGGAGUCAGGGGGCUGAAGCUGGGGGGAGCAGAGCACACUGUACUGAACGCUGUAUUUUCUAAAGAAUAAAGUAUUUUUAAAACA